AAUUAUUUUAGUGAAGUAUGGCAAUCUGGGCUAAAAAGAAAGUUUUAAGACUCGCUAAAGGGAUGAGUAGAAAAAGUAACUGAUUUACCAUCGCCAUUAGAAGAGUUCAAAAGAAACUCCAAUACCAAUACAGAGAUAGAAGGAGAAAGAAGAGAACUGUCAGAAGGGAAUGGAUACACACAAUUAAUAAUGCUUGCAGAGAGCACAAAGUUAGAUAUUCCGCAUUCAUCUGUAAUCUUAACAGAUCUAAUUUGGUCCUUAACAGGAAGAUGCUGGCCGAUCUUGCUGUCAAUGAACCAUACAGCUUUAAAGCGACUCUUGAUGAAGUUAUGAAAAACAACCACAUCGCUAGUGCUUUCUUGCCAAAGCCAAGAGGUGAUAUUACCUACAAGGAAGCCUUGAAGAAAAACCUUCUCGCUUUCAACGUUCCUGAGAAAGAACCUGAAAUUCCUGACCUUAAAAUUCUCAGACUCAGAAAUCCCGAAAGAGAUGCAGGAACCGACGCUGAUUAUUACAGACUCAGCUUCAGAGAAGAAGAUGAGAAGUGGCUUGCUGACCAAAAGAAGUUACAGCUUACUCUCAAGGAGAUGAAGAAGCACCCAAGAGAGGUUAUCGAAGAUGACUGGGAUGAGAAUCCAGAGCUAUACAAGCACAAGACCUGGAAGAGAACUUAA